CCCCCCUGCACGCUAGCGACUCGCGCGCAUCAGCGACACUCAUCGGCAUCGACAUCGAUCUUCUAGCGAGCAAGCGAGCCAACCAAGACAAGCCGAGCACCACCAUUCUUGCGGACGUCGCUCUCCUCACUUCGCGCCCGUUCUGUCGCCAUGGUCCAGGGCAACUCCACUGACGCCGCUUCGGGCCUGGUCACUUUCGGAGUCAACAACGUUGCCUGCGUCUUGAGCCUCAUCGGCGGAUUCAUUCUCAUUUUUGGCUACAUCUCGCUACUCAUCAAAGAGCGGCUCUUCCUGUCAGAGUCGCUGGUAUCGACCCUCGUUGGAAUCGCUUUUGGCCCUAUCGCCGCCAAUCUGCUCAACCCGUUCGAAUGGCCCGGCGACAUUCAGCAAAUCACUCUCCAGUUCUCGCAAAUCGUCAUCGCCAUUCAGGUCAUGGCGGCCGCCGUGACGCUUCCCAAAGAGUUUUGGCUGCGACGAUGGAAGUCGCUGUUGAUUCUGCUGGGUCCCGUCAUGCUCUACAUGUGGAUCUCGACGGCCGUGAUCCUGUAUUUUGUCCUAGGCCUGCCGCUGUUUGUCUCGCUGAUCGUCGGAGCGUGCACCGCCCCGACUGAUCCAGUUCUGGCCAACAGCAUCGUCAAUGGCCGCUUUGCGGACAUGUACAUUUCCAUUCCUGUUCGGCGCAUCCUCAGCGGCGAAAGUGCCUGCAACGAUGGCUUGGCCGUGCCGCUGUUUUACCUUGGACUCUACUUUAUCGAGAAGGGUGCUUCUGGAACCACGCUGUGGUACUGGUUCUGGCGGGUGAUUCUAUACGAAGUGGCUGUGGGCUCCAUCUUUGGGGCUGUUGUCGGGUACAUUUCGCGGCGGAUGCUGCGGCUGUCUGAACGAAACAACUUUAUCGACAAGAAGAAUCUUCUGAGCUUUGAAGUUGCCCUGGCUCUCUUUACCCUUGGUGCCAGCACCAUCCUGGGCCUAGCUUCGUUUAUGGCCGUGUUCACGUGCGGAUUGGUCUUUGCAUGGGACGAGAGCUCCCACGAAGAAUCGCAGCAAGCGCAAGUCCAAGAGGUCAUCGAUAUGCUGGUCAAUUUGGUGUUCUUCAUCUACUUUGGCGCCAUCAUCCCGUGGUCGUCGUUCAACACAGCCGUGCUUCCGUUGUGGAAGCUCGUGGUGGUCUCGGUGGCAAUUUUGGUGGUGCGGCGACUGCCGGUCAUCGUGGCGCUCUAUCGGUACAUGAAUGCACCGCUGUUCUCGGUCCCGGAGGCCAUCUAUGUCGGCUGGUUCGGUCCGAUGGGGGUCGGGGCACUUUGGUAUAUGGCUGCUGCCAAGCUUGCCCUCCCCGACGACGAGUGGAUCGUGCCCGUGGUCAGCUUCCUUGUCAUGGCAUCCGUGCUGAUCUACGGCAUCACACUGCCGUUCAUGCACAUCACCAUCCAUACCAUCAACUCGCGAUCAAUCUCACGGGGACGGGAGGUCGUCAUCCCAAUCUGGCCGUCCAGUGUCCCACAUGGCGUCGCCCAGAUCUCCGGACCGCUUACGUUCAUCGACUUGCCAAAACAAACAAGCGAGGACGACGACCCACUGCCGCCGCCGCGGCCUCCGCCUGUCCCACUGGCGCCGACACCAGAGCCGAUGAAGGCCGAACGCGAGGCGGCCGCAGACCGGGCCGAUGCCCCGACCCCGAGUAGCGACUCGAUCGACGAUAUCCAGGUAGAGCUGACGCCGCACUCGGACGAGUCCAACCAGACACUCUCGAAUUUGGCGAUGCAGCCAGAGAUGCUUGACCAACGCGGGUCGUCCCAGAGCAGAGCGCAGCACCCCGAAAGCUCGUGAGCAGAUCUGCUGCUACCACUCAGCGAUACUAAAUAUACAUACUAACGAGAUAUUUUCC